CGUUGUUGAAAGAGAGAUAAUGUGGCAAGAGUUUUAGAUCUCGAUCGAUAAGAGCAGAAGAAGAAAUGCGGCGGCUUCUCGAGAUCUAGCCGUCUCUUUCACAGUACUUAAGAUGAAACAAGUUUUGAAGACGGAGCUAGGGUUUUGGUUUCUGUUCCAUUUCCACGCUGAAGACCUCUUCUCCUCUUUGGCUUGAUGACGACCAAGCGCGCUUACAAGCUACAGGAAUUUGUGGCGCACAGUUCCAGUGUCAAUUGCCUCAAAAUUGGAAGGAAGUCGUCGAGGGUUCUUGUCACAGGAGGGGAAGAUCACAAGGUGAACCUGUGGGCCAUUGGCAAACCCAACGCUAUAUUGAGUCUGCCUGGUCAUACGAGUGCAAUCGAGUCAGUAAGUUUUGAUUCUUCUGAGGCUUUGGUGGCAGCAGGAGCAGCAAGCGGCACAAUUAAGCUGUGGGAUCUAGAGGAGGCAAAGAUUGUUCGCACACUUACUGGGCACAGAUCAAAUUGUAUAUCAGUUGACUUUCAUCCUUUUGGGGAAUUCUUUGCAUCUGGUUCUUUAGAUACAAAUCUUAAGAUAUGGGAUAUCCGAAGGAAGGGAUGCAUCCACACAUACAAAGGCCACACACGAGGGGUCAAUGCCAUCAGAUUUACCCCCGAUGGUCGCUGGGUUGUUUCUGGUGGAGAAGAUAAUAUUGUGAAGCUGUGGGAUCUGACUGCCGGAAAGCUAUUGCAUGAUUUCAAGUGUCAUGAGGGCCAAAUUCAGUGCAUUGAUUUUCAUCCCCAUGAAUUUCUGCUGGCGACAGGUUCGGCUGAUAGAACUGUUAAAUUCUGGGACCUUGAAACUUUUGAGCUGAUUGGUUCAGCUGGUCCUGAGACCACUGGAGUGCGUUCUAUGACCUUCAAUCCUGAUGGAAGAACCCUCCUCUGUGGUUUGCAUGAAAGUCUGAAGAUUUUCUCUUGGGAGCCAAUAAGAUGCCAUGAUGCUGUGGAUGUGGGAUGGUCUAAAUUGUCGGAUAUGAACAUUCAUGAAGGGAAACUUCUUGGGUGCUCCUAUAAUCAGAGUUGUGUCGGAGUUUGGGUUGUGGAUAUUUCGCGCAUUGAACCAUAUGCAAUUGCUAGUGCGGCUCGAUCAAACAGUCAUCCAGAACCGAAAUCUACUUCAAUUGUGAAUCUAUCUGUACUAACUGGCAACAAUGAGAAGAUUAGCACAGGAAGGAUAUCAGUUAUACAAAAUUCUGAUCCUGUAGCUAAGGAAACAAAAACUUUGGGGAGGCUGUCGGUUUCGCAAAGUUCAGAUCCUAUGAAGGAAGCUAAACCUUUAUCAUCUACAGGAAGUAUUCCUGGUAUUCCACAAAGGGUCAGUGUAAGCUCUGUUCCAAAGACCACAGUGUCAAGUGCAGUGGCAGCACCUAGUGCAGCAACUCUAAAGAGGAAUAUUGCAAAGUCACCAUCCAAUCAUCCAGUCUUCAACAAGUCAGAUGUGAUUCCUGUUAUUGUCCCGAGGACUAAUGUGAGGCUGGAGCAGGCAUCUGAUUCCAAAAAAGAAAUUGCUGCAGCUGAAAGAACCCCAUUCUCCAUGCAGGCAAGGGUAACUGAUUUUAGGAAGCCGUCAAACAACAGGGUUGAUCAGGAAAGGCCAAAUAUUUCUGCUCACUCUGUAUCAACAGAUUAUAGGACUACUGAACUGAAUGAAGUUACAGAUCAGAAUUUCCUUCCUGCUGUUGAGAGGUCGAAUCCAGCAAUGUCAACGGCUGAUAGAGACUUGAAGGAUGCUAGAUGCCCUGGGCCUGGGAAACAUGGAAUGAAUCUUUCAUCGGAGCCAUCUGCAGGUUACCAGCAUGAAAGUUAUGAUGCUCGGGUGCAUAAAGUAAACAGAGAUGCCUGUUCUGCUGACAUUCAGAAAGGAGGAAAGACACGCUCACUUGUUGCAAGCUGGGAGAAGAGAGAGAGUUUUCCUGCGUAUGAAGGACCUACAUCCAGUAAUUCCUCUGAGACAACUGCUGCUGUUAACGUUCCCUUUAAUACGAGAGGGCGUCCCCCAUCUGCUGAGAAGGAAACAGUUUUUGCUAGCAACGAGGAUGCUAUUUCUGAUCUAAUGGAACAGCAUGAACAAUUUGUAGGCUCUAUGCGGUCUCGCUUAACCAAAUUACAGGUGAUCCGCCGAUAUUGGGAGAGGAAUGAUGUGAAGGGGGCGAUUGCUGCGAUGGAAAAGAUGGGUGAUCAUGCUGUGCUUGCUGAUGUAAUCAGCAUUUUUACUGAAAAAACUGAUAUGGUUACACUGGAUAUCUGCACAUGCCUCUUGCCGCUUCUUACUGUUCUUCUUGAAAGCAACAUGGAUAGGCAUUUAGGCAUCUCUCUGGAAAUGCUGCUGAAAUUAGUCAGAAUUUAUGGUUCUGUGAUCCAUUCCACGUUGUCAGCGUCGUCAUCUGUUGGUGUUGAUAUCCAGGCUGAACAAAGGCUGGAACGUUGCAAUCUAUGUUUUAUUGAGCUUGAAAAGGUCAAACACUUCCUUCCUUCUCUUGUUAGAAGAGGAGGGUCCAUUGCCAAGUCUGCACAGGAGCUGAACCUAGCUCUUCAAGAAGUUAUAUAAG